AUGGGCAGCUCUUUCUCGACACCGUCUCCGGUCAAAGCAUUGAUCGGGCAGUUCGAUCGGCUUCAAUUAUGCAGCAAAGAGAAGAAGCGUGUAGACGAUGAUACGUCUGAGUCCAGCAAAGCGCCUGUCGUUAGUCAAACCGACUUCCUCAUCUGUGACCGACACAAUAACUGUAAGUACAGCAACGGCCAUUUUCGUUGGAUGUAUCGACAAUGUCCGAAAUUACGCAGGAACAGCUUAAGCAUUUUUGGUUCAGAUAUGCGGACAGGAGAAGAUUUCCUUGUGCUGCUUGAAUCUGUCCGAUCGAGACUUGAAGCAUCUACCAAACAAGUGUUGGCUGAACUUGAUGAGAUGAAAUCCAUUCCUGAGGAGGCCGCAUCUUCGAUAAGACUGGCUGCUGGGAAAGCGCAGUUACUUGUUCGCAAAAAAUUGUCCAAAUUCGAUGAAUUGGUCAAGAAAAAUCUGAAUCCGGUAGAUGGAGAUCUCCAGCCGGCUACCAUAGACGAUUUGGAAGGAUACUGGGCAUUAGUAGAAAUCGAGCUUAAUGACAUUGACGAGUGUUUCCAGAAGGUGGAUGAGUGGCGUUCGAAUGGUUGGCAGCUAAAAGAAUCUCCAGAAUCUCAGGAUCCACUUCUUGUGAAUAGUAAUAAUAAUAACAACAUAGCGAAAAAGAAAAUCGUGACAACUCGGCCGGCUACGGUACCGAUCGAUCCCGAAGUUCGAGCCAAGCAGGUCGAAAAACAG